UUUUAGGUCCCGUGUCUCCAUUUUCGACCUGCAUAUAGAUCCUUGAGGAUUGAAUCCAAAGCCAUCGUCUUCAACCCCACAAAAUCCACGCGGAACUGCAAUCAUCUCCGCCAUAAUUCUUGCCUUCUCGCCUCUGUCGUCGCAGCUUCUUCAGCUCAGAGAUGGCUACAGAUAUUAAUGGAUACAGUCAACGGUGACACAGCCACUUAUCAUCAUUUUCUUCUCUUCAUUUUGUGGAAAAAAAAGGGUGGUGAUGGAUCGGGUUGAGAGGCCAGCAAGUUCUUGGUGCUUUGAUCAGGGAGACCGAAAUGGGGUGUUGGGGAAUCUUUCGAUUCUUCUCAAACAAAGGUUCAAUUUCGAAAAUUGUAGAACACAGUGAAGUGUAGCUAGUAGGAAUAUAUGGUACCAAUGCUCCUAUGAAGUUUUAUCCAUUUUCUGAUGAGCAUGUCAUGCAAUCGUCAUUUGGGAAUGAUUCUAAUGAUGCAUCCUCCCAUGCAAAUGGGUGGCCUCCAGUUGAUAGUUCGCUUGUGGUCUGUUUUGGGGAAAUGUUGAUUGACUUUGUCCCAACUGUUGGCGGAGUUUCGCUUGCUGAAGCACCUGCUUUUGAGAAAGCUCCUGGUGGUGCUCCUGCUAAUGUGGCUGUUGGUAUAUCCAGAUUGGGAGGUUCUACUGCCUUUGUGGGAAAGGUGGGUGAUGAUGAAUUUGGACAUAUGCUGGCUCACAUUUUGAAGCAAAAUAAUGUUGACAAUUCUGGUGUGCGGUUUGAUCACAAAGCAAGAACUGCAUUGGCUUUUGUUACCAAUAGAGCUGAUGGGGAGCGAGAGUUCCUAUUUUUUCGUCAUCCAAGUGCUGACAUGCUUUUACAUGAAUCAGAACUUGAUGUUGAACUUAUCAGCAAGGCAAAGAUCUUCCAUUAUGGGUCUAUCAGUUUGAUUGACGAACCCUGCAAAUCGGCUCAUCUUGCAGCGAUGAAAAUUGCCAAAAACUCAGGGAGCAUCCUCUCUUACGAUCCAAAUUUGAGAUUGCCAUUGUGGCCAUCUGCUGAGGCUGCCCGUGAGGGAAUAAUGAGUAUAUGGGAUCAGGCUGACAUCAUUAAGAUAAGCGAGGAAGAAAUUACAUUCUUGACUGGAGGCGAGGAUCCUAAUGAUGAUAACGUGGUCUUGGACAAGCUCUUUCAUCCUAAUCUUAAACUUCUGAUCGUUACUGAAGGAUCAGAGGGCUGCAGAUAUUAUACAAAGGAAUUCAAAGGCAGUGUUGCUGGUGUUAAAGUAAAGCCAGUUGACACAACCGGGGCAGGCGAUGCUUUUGUUGGUGGGAUACUAUAUGGCCUGGCUUCUGACCUUAAUCUUUACAAGGAUGAGGAACGGCUAAGGGAAGCUUUGCUCUUUGCGAAUGCCUGCGGCGCGGUCACAGUGACCAAGCGAGGAGCUAUUCCUUCACUACCCACAAAAGAAGCGGUCCUCAGUUUGCUAACACAUGAUGCUUCGUGAAGGAAACGCAAAAAAGCAUAUCUCAUCAACUAUACUUUUCUGUCGGUCUCACCCGGAAAAAUAAGCACUGUAGAAUUCCAUUUUCUAUACAAAGCCUGUAUACAAAGGUUGUCAAAUCAUUCAUGUUCUCUGCAAUCUGUGUCUGUCUAAUUUAACUAAGAGCAUUCGGGGACCAAACAUCGCAAAUUGCCAAUUUGCUGCGAUUCAUUUGAUCUUGUUCUUUGGUUAUCCGCAA